AUGGCAAUGCAGGUAUCUGAACGCACUGUAUUCAGAGUUCAACGCCAAGUAAACGUUGUAGGAGAUGUGCAUAGUCCCACAAAGAAAGGCAAGAAGUCUGGUUCAGGUUCUGCCCAACAGGAGACUGACAACUGUCAAGAAGGAGUCAUUCGUCGUAGAAUUCACCGGUUCUACACAGACAGAGAACUCGAAACAAUGGAUAAACUGAUUUUAGCUCUACAACAAGACAUAGAUUACUCAUACAGCAAACAAACACUUCUCAAAACAGUCAAGAAAAUGGGCUUCAAAUAUACAACACGCAACAAGAAAACAGCGUUGUACGAACAACACAAAAUUAUUGCUGCUCGUCAUCACUAUCUCAGACAAAUAAAGAAGUACAGAGAUGAGGGAAGAUCAAUAGUGUAUCUAGACGAGACAUGGCUCAACGCGCGCCAUACCUUGGAACGAUAUCGAUGCUGGAUUGACUACGACGGCAAAGGAGGUUUGAGAGUCCCAUCAGGAAAAGUGGAAGACUCAUUAUUCUCCAUGCAGAGUGGAAAGUGUUGGAUUUGUAAUGCUGACCUCGUUUUCAGAGGAAAGAAAGGCACCGGUGACGACCAUCAGGAAAUGAACACGGCUCACUUUAUGGAGUGGUUCAGAGAGAGCGUUGUUGAGAAAAUCCCGACAAAAAGCAGCACAAAAAAGGACAUGAUCCAGUAUCUGGACUCGCAUGAAAUCCCAUACGACAAGAAACUGUUAAAACCAGAGAUGUUCAUGCUAAUAAAAGCAACAAACCCGGCUUCGCAGUAUCUGACUGACGUCUUCGCUAAUCAGCACAGUCAUAACGUUCUGAGAUUGCCUGUCGGUCACUGCGAGUUAGACCCGAUCGAGCUAAUCUGGGCACAAGUCAAGGGCUAUGUGACAUCUCAUAACAAGGAUUUCACCAUGGCGGGAAUUGAGCAGCUUGCGAGAGAAGGCAUUGCGCAGGUUACAGCUGAGAAAUGGGCCAACUGUGUCAAGCACGUCAUUCAAAAAGUAGAAAAGCUCUAUCGAGAGACCGACGGGAUAGUUUAA